AUGAACUGGUGCGUAAUAGUUUUGGCCCUAUUGCUGUCAGCGCAGAAAAGCUGGAGCUAUCCUUCAGCCCGAUUCGAAGAAGCUAACUCAUUUGAAAAGUACCUGGAAAAGGCCAGGACUGUUCUGGAUCGUGUUCCGCUUAUAGAUGGGCACAACGAUUUUCCUUACAGCCUUAGAAGGUACGAAAAUAACCAGGUCGGUGACUUGGACAUUAAUGACUUGACAACAUCCGAGCCAUGGGCCAGUUCCUCCUCGUCGCAUACAGACAUCAACAGACUACGGCAAGGAAAAGUCGGAGCUCAGUUUUGGUCGGCCUACGUCUCCUGUUCCACCCAAUACAAGGACGCCAUUCUCAAGACUUGGGAACAAAUAGACGUCAUCCAUCGAAUGGUCGAUGCGAAUCCAACGGCCUUUGAGUUUGUCACAUCAGCCCAAGGAAUUGAAGACGCGUUCAGCCAGGGCAAAAUUGGCAGCCUCGUGGGAGUUGAGGGUGGCCAUUCAAUCGGCAGCUCCUUGGCCGUUUUGCGGAUGAUGUACGACAUGGGGGUGCGCUACAUGACAUUGACCCACUCAUGUCCUACUCCUUGGGGAGAUAACUCGCAGCUGGAUGACCCCGGAAACGUUCCCAUACACGACGGCCUCACUCCUUUUGGAAAGGAUGUGAUAGCGGAAAUGAAUCGAUUGGGAAUGCUGAUUGAUUUGUCUCACGUUUCACGCAAAACGAUGAGAGACGCGCUGGAAACCAGCACGGCGCCCGUCAUUUUCUCGCACUCGUCGGCCUACGCAUUGUGCAACAACACGCGCAAUGUACCCGACGACAUUUUACAAUUGGUGGCUCAAAACGGAGGCGUCGUCAUGGUCAACUUUUUCGUAUCUUACAUCUCCUGCGGUCUGACAGCGACAGUUCAACAAGUUGCAGAUCAUAUCGAACAUAUCCGCAAUGUCGCUGGGGCCGAUCACGUUGGCAUCGGGUCUGACUUUAAUGGCGUUGCAAGGACACCGGAAGGACUGAAAGAUGUGUCGGAGUACCCGAACUUGUUUGCUGAGCUUCUUGCUCGCGGUUGGGCGGAAACUGAUCUGGAGAAAAUUGCUGGACUCAACUUGCUGCGUGUCUUCAGAGGAGCGGAAGCGGUGCGCGAUCAAAUGGCUGCUGAUGGAGGAAAGCCGUUUGACGAAUGGAUUCCGCAAGCUGAUCUGCCCGCCGAGUCCCUGCCCUGUAGCACCGGCCAGAUCAAGUCAGUAAUGACAGAAUGAAAUCAUUAUCCGAUGUCAUAAUGGAACCCCGAAUUAACUGUCAAUUUAACAUUUAACUGCA